AUGAAUACGUCCCCCGUGCGCAGCGAGGAUUCUGAGGUCGCUCCUGCUUUGAGGGUUCGGACGAACCCGACCCAAGGAUUCGACGGUGUGAUGAAGCGCCUUAAUCAGGCGCUGCUGGUCUUUUUCUCGCAUGCGGCGUGUCCAGACCACUGUCUCGCCGCGCUCAAUGGCGCCUCUCAGGCCCAGUCUGAGGCCGAGGUAGUUGUCUGGGUAAAUGAGGACGGAGACCUGAUUAGCACCGAAACGACCCGCGUUGCUGCGACAGCCGCACCACAAGAGACUGUCCCUGCUACCAUUUCUCGACCUUCGAUCCCGGCACCGGAGCCCGAUACCACCCAUAGUGUUCGCGCUGCGCCACCGACAGCACCCAAGGAUGAAACGACGCUGGCAGACCGGCCAGUUCCAACCGAUAAAAUGCACAAGAUGCCUCGGCCUCCCGCUCAACACCCUCACCCCAAUCAUCCCGAACACCAGCACCGCCAAUUCGGAAUCUCCUACUCCCCAUAUAACGCAGAUAGAAGCUGCAAGUCCGAGGAGGAAGUAAAUAAAGAACUGGACAAACUAUCCGAAUACUCCUAUGUCCGCAUCUAUGGUACGGACUGUAACCAGACUACUACCGUCGCCAGAGCAGCACGGCAACACCACAUGCAGGUUUUCGCCGGAAUCUACGAUCUAACAGACUUUCCUGCAAGCCUCAAGGCAUUCACCGACGCGGCUACUUUACCCGAUGGAAAGAAAGAUUGGACUGUGUUUCACACUGUAGCCAUUGGCAAUGAACUCGUCAAUGGCGGCAUGGCUGCGCCUGCUGAUGUGUCUAACGCUGUCAACCAGGCUCGCAUUAUUCUUCGCAAGCAGGGAUAUAAAGGGCCUGUGGUGACAGUUGAUACCUUCUCUGUGCUCCUCAAACACCCAGAAUUAUGCAUUGCAUCAGACUACUGUGCCGCAAACUGCCAUGCCUUUUUCGACGCUACCCAGCAACCACACAACGCCGGACCGUACGCCCUCGAACAGGCACACGCUGUCUCCGAUGCAGCUGGUGGUAAGCGUACAAUCAUCACAGAGUCCGGAUGGCCACAUGCUGGACAGUCCAAUGGCGCGGCAGUACCGUCACCAGAGAAUCAACGAGUUGCGGUUGAGAGCAUUCGCCGCAGUUUUGCGCAUCGGGGGGACGAUCUUGUGCUCUUCACUGCUUUUGAUGAUCUUUGGAAGCAGGACAACCAGUAUACAUUCGAUGCCGAGCGGUUCUGGGGCAUUUAUCAGCGGUAG